UCCCUCUGGCUUCGUGCUUCCUACACUUACUCUUCCUCUCCGAGGAAUUGAGCACUGGUGUUUUGUUUCUGUGAGGAAAAGAUAUUGGGAAAGAAUUUGAGAGAGAGAGGGAGAUGGAUUUGAUAGCGGGAGAGAGCUCGAAGAUCGCGAAGAAACAUGGUUUCAGGUCGCUGAAGCUGGUGAACGUGGACUUGGAGCAAGAGCUGAGCGAGGAGCCAUUUGGUGUUGACUAUGGGAGACUCGACAAUGGCCUCGUCUACUAUGUCCGCUCCAACUCGAAACCCAGAAUGAGAGCCGCUCUUGCUCUCGCCGUCAAAGUCGGUUCAGUUUUGGAAGAGGAGGACGAACGUGGAGUCGCUCAUAUUGUUGAGCAUCUUGCAUUUAGUGCCACAAAGAGAUACACAAAUCAUGAUAUCGUCAAGUUUUUAGAGAGCGUUGGAGCAGAGUUCGGCCCUUGCCAAAAUGCGAUGACAACAGCCGAUGAGACCAUAUAUGAGUUGUUUGUACCUGUGGACAAGCCUGAAUUACUAUCUCAGGCUAUUUCGAUUUUAGCAGAGUUUAGCUGCGAGGUUAGAGUCUCAAAGGAAGAUUUGGAAAAGGAAAGAGGGGCUGUGUUGGAAGAGUAUAGAGGGACCCGGAAUGCCAGUGGAAGGAUGCAAGAUGCACAUUGGCAGCUGAUGAUGGCAGGCUCAAAGUAUGCUGAACGUUUACCCAUCGGGUUGGAAAAAGUAAUUCGGUCUGUUUCUGCUGAAACUGUGAAGCAAUUUUACCAGAAGUGGUACCAUUUAUGCAACAUGGCAGUCAUAGCUGUUGGAGAUUUUCCAGAUUCCAAGACUGUAGUUGAUUUGAUUAAGGUGCAUUUUGAGGGUAAAACAUCAAGUAGCGAGCCUCCAGAGAUGCCGAUAUUUCCUAUUCCUUCGCAUGAAGAAACACGAUUUUCUUGCUUUGUUGAAUCAGAAGCAGCUGGGUCUGCAGUAAUGAUUAGCUAUAAGAUGCCAGUAAAUGAUCUGAAGACGGUGAAAGAUUACAGGGAUAUGCUUGCAGAAUCUAUGUUUCUACAUGCUCUGAAUCAGAGAUUCUUCAAAUUGUCACGUAAGAAGGACCCUCCAUUUUUCUCCUGCUCAGCUGCUGCAGAUGUCCUAGUGAGCCCAUUGAAGGCUUAUAUAAUGAGUUCUUCUUGUAAAGAGAAAGGGACAUUGGCAUCCCUAGAGUCAAUGCUUCUCGAGGUUGCUAGGGUACGCCUUCACGGAUUCUUCGAACGUGAAAUAUCUAUUGUCCGUGCUCUCAUAAUGUCAGAGAUUGAAUCAGCUUACUUGGAACGUGAUCAAGUGCAGUCAACUAGUUUGCGUGAUGAAUAUAUACAGCAUUUCCUCCACAAGGAACCUGUUGUUGGGAUUGAAUUUGAGGCACAACUUCAGAAGACGCUACUACCCCAAAUUUUGGCGUCAGAUGUGUCCAAGUACGCUGAGAAGUUAAAAACUUCAUGUGGUUGUGUCAUAAAGACAAUUGAACCUAGAUCUUCUGCGACAAUAGAUGAUCUGAGAAAUACUGUUGCAAAUAUCAAUAGACUUGAAGAAGAAAAGAAGAUUGCUCCAUGGGAUGAUGAACACAUCCCAGAAGAAAUCAUCAGUGUGAAGCCUGAUCCUGGGAAUAUCAUUCACCAGCUUGAAUAUCCUGAUGUUGGGGUUACAGAAUUGACAUUAUCAAAUGGAAUGCGAGUUUGCUAUAAGUGCACUGACUACUUUGAUGAUCAGGUCCUUUUCACAGGGUUCUCAUAUGGAGGAUUAUCCGAACUCCCUGAGAGCGAAUAUAUUUCCUGUUCAAUGGGAUCAACGAUUGCUGGUGAAAUUGGUAUAUUUGGAUACAGCCCAUCGGUGCUUAUGGACAUGCUUGCUGGUAAGAGAGUUGAAGUUGGCACAAAGCUCGGGGCAUAUAUGAGAACUUUUUCUUGUGAUUGUUCACCUACAGACCUUGAAACUGCUUUACAGCUUGUUUAUCAACUUUUUACUACAAAUGUAAUACCCCAAGAAGAAGAGGUUAGAAUAGUGAUGCAAAUGGCAGAAGAAGCAGUGCGUGCCCAAGAAAGGGACCCUUACACUGUAUUUGCAAACCGGGUGAAGGAAAUCAAUUAUGGAAAUUCUUAUUUCUUUAGGCCUAUUCGGAUAAGUGACCUCCGAAAAGUUGAUCCACUGAAAGCUUGUGAAUAUUUCAACCGUAGUUUUACGGAUCCAUCAACUUUCACUGUAGUGAUUGUUGGGAAUGUUGAUCCUACCAUGGCGCUUCCUUUAAUUCUCCAAUAUUUGGGUGGAAUACCAAAGCCUCCUCAACCAGUUCUCAAUUUCAACCGGGAUGAUCUCAAGGGCUUACCAUUCACUUUCCCUACUAAGAUAACAAGAGAAGUUGUUCGCAGUCCAAUGGUGGAAGCCCAAUGUUCUGUCCAGUUAUGCUUUCCUGUGCAGUUAACAAAUGGAACAAUGAUAGAAGAAAUCCACCGUGUCGGGUUUUUAAGCAAACUUCUAGAGACCAAGAUAAUCCAGUUUCUCCGGUUCAAGCACGGACAGAUAUAUUCAGCAGAGGUAUCGGUAUUUCUCGGUGGAAAUAAGCCUUCUAGAACUGCUGAAGUGCGUGGUGACAUCAGUGUGAAUUUCUCCUGUGAUCCCGAAAUCUCUUCUAAGCUGGUUGAUCUAGCUUUGAAUGAGAUAAUUCGACUCCAGGAGGAAGGCCCAUCACAGGAGGACAUAGCAACCAUCCUUGAAAUCGAGCAAAGAGCUCACGAGAACGGCUUGCAGGAGAACUACUACUGGUUAGAGAGGAUAUUACGUGGGUACCAGUCGAGGGUAUAUGCAGGUGAUUUAGGCGUUUCGUUCAAGAUUCAAGAGGAAGGGCGGUUGAGAUUAAGAGAGUCACUUGCACCGCAAUCAGCACAAGAGGCAUUACAGAGGAUCCUUCCAUUCCCUUGCAAGAAGCAAUACACUGCAGUGAUUCUGAUGCCGAGGAAACCACGCUUCGGAUUUCUGACAUCACUCUUUGUUUCUCCAGAGUCUUGUCGCCAUGGCCGAGAUGCUAAGGUUUUGGUCGGUGUUGCUGUUUUAGCUGUUGCCUGUUUUGGGUUAUGGAGAUACUCUCGCAGGUAAAAAAAAAUGUGUUCUUCCCACAAAACUGAGAUUACAAUUUACAAAUGUUUGUUCCAUCUUUACAUGCAGACAUUUUUGUACGUGUUUCAUCUUCUUUUACAAGAAGAGACUGUACCAAUUUACCCUCUUUUUAAUUUUUGACCGAGUGGCUUUGUAUUUUGGUGCUCUGGUGAAAAUUCCAAUCAAUUCACCUUCAAUUA